UCAUGGUUGGUUUCAUUGAUAUUAUUUUUCAACUUUGCUAAUUAUGUGUUAAAAUUUAAGUGUCGAGAAACUGUUCGAUUAAUAAGAUGUGUAUUUCCUUUUUCUAUAUAUCAAAUUGGCUUUGAUUGGAUACGUACUACCUAUAAGCCGCAGGUAAUCGCACUCGUUAUCUGCUAGAGAUUAAAAUAUUGUGAAAAUAAUGAACUUUUGGACUUCCGCUGCAGAAAAAAGUGUUCUGCUUUUCCAUAAAGGAGUUAAAGUUGUUCGAAAUGUGCUGUUAGAUUUGACGUAAAGCAAAACAUGGAUUAUUUGUCAUAUCUAUGUAGUACUGAAAAGUUAAUGCAUGAUUUCAUUAACUAAUUUGGAUAAUUGUUUCGAUCGAAAAUAACAAUUAUUUCAUUAAACUCAAUGGAUCCUGGUGAUCCAGUGGAAGAAAUAGGAUGCUGGAAAAAAGAGAGGGUUCUUGGAGCUGGUGGCUUUGGUUAUGUAGUACUUUGGCGUAAUAAGGAGACUAAUGAAACUAUAGCUUUGAAGCAGUGCCGUUGGGGGCACGAUGCGAUGAUGACUCCAAAGCAUCGCAGCAGGUGGAAAUUAGAGGUAGAUAUGAUGUCUCGGUUAGAUCAUCCAAAUGUAGUCAAAGCUAUAUCUGUGCCACCAGAGCUUGAUGUUCCUGCCACAGAGCUACCUUUAUUAGCAAUGGAAUACUGUAGCAGUGGAGAUCUUAGAAAACUCUUAAAUAAACCUGAAAAUUGUUGUGGUUUAAGGGAAAAACAUGUGCGUCUCCUUUUAAGACAUAUUUCGUCUGCUGUAAAUUAUUUACAUUCCAUGCGCAUCAUUCACAGAGAUCUCAAGCCGGAAAAUAUUGUGAUUCAAGAUAUUAAUGGAACUGUAGUAUAUAAACUAAUAGAUCUUGGAUAUGCUAAGGAAUUAGACCAGGGAAGUCUUUGUACUUCAUUUGUUGGAACUCUUCAAUAUUUGGCUCCUGAAUUAUUCAUGUCUCAAAAAUAUUCUUGUACUGUUGACUAUUGGAGCUUAGGGCUUGUGACACAUGAAGUAAUUACAGGCUUACGACCAUUUUUACCAGACAAAUCUCCAGCUGAAUGGAUUCCAAUCAUAAAACAGAAGAGCUCCAACCAGAUUCGUGCAUUUUUGGAUGAUGAUAAAAAUAUUGUAUUCUCUAAUGAAGUGUCUCCUUUUCAUCAUAUUUGUAGUGUUUUUAAGAAAGAUAUUGAAUCUUGGCUGCAGAUUAUGUUAGAAUGGGAUCCUAAGAAAAGAGGCAGAUUUAAAAACUCCACUGCAUUUAGUAUUUUAGAGAAGGCUCUUGAUAAAAAAGUUGUACUUGUGUUUUGUGUUGAUACAUUCAGAAUGUUGAGUUUUGAAAUUGACAAAACUCUGUCGCUAGAAGAUUUCGAGAAAAUGCUUGAAGUAGAAUCAGGUGUACCAGUAACGAGCCAAGAAAUACUUCUUCCGAAAGGCCACGUGCCAAAUCCGGAUGUAGGAGCUCACCAGUUCAUAUCUAAUUUGGAAGAAGAAGAAUUUAUAGUCUUUCUGUUUGAUAAAAGAGACAUGCCUACAACUACUACAUCCAAUAUUAUUAUACCUCCUGUUGUUGAGAAUAUGAUGAGGAAUCCUCGUACAGAAAUGAAAUACCAAGAGCAACGAACUUCUUGGGCACAAGCGGUAUAUUUUAGUCAUCAAGAAAAUACUCUCGCCAAUCGACUCAUCCACGCUUUUAAAGCAAAUCUGAUGCAUUUACUAACUAAAACUUCCUAUACUCAUAAAAAUACUUCUCGAAUGACCGCUGAAAUGAAUAAGCUUUUAUCCAAAUGCUCUUUUUUUCAGAAAAGUCUUGAACAAGAUAUCCAAAAUUAUGAGAAGCAAGUUGCAACUGGUGGUUUCAGUUCUUCAAAAAUGGUUGAGAGUUGGAAAAAUAGUUUUGAAAAUCUUAAGAAUAUUGAACUAUUGAAACAGAAAAUUUCUUUACUUGAAGAAUCAUCUGCAAGGAUCAGCAGUUGCACGAUAGAUUUGCAAAGAUCUGUGUAUGUUCGAUCCAAAUAUAAUAGUCCUCUUGAAGACACACAUCGGAAAAUUCUAGAUGCAUUUGCUGAUCUUAGAAGAAGAUCAAAAGAACAAAGACAAGUCCCACAUGAUAAUACAGAUAUUGUUAGGUUACUGUGUUUAUGCCUACAGCAAAGACACGCACAAAUUCAAGAUAUUAUGUUUCACAUAAGAAAAGUAAAUCAGGUAAAGAGAGAAACGGAAGAUAUUCUUCCACAGAUAAUGAAUCUGAACAAGGAAAUAAUGGAAUGGGAUUCUCAAGUCGAUAUCUGGCAGUCCAGGCGUCAAGAGGAAUUGUGGAAAGUUAUAGAUGUUUUGGUAAAAUAA